GGAUAAUUUGUAAAAGACAACCAAAAAACAAGUAUUUUAAAUGGAUUAAAAGUAGGAAUAUACGUAUAAACCAUGGCGAUUAUUAAAUGGUGAAUGAUUGCUACAAAAACCUUUAAAUCCCAUUAAUAAUAGUAUAGUAGUAUAAAAUUAUGUCUAUUUCUCCGACCAAAUACCACAAAGUGGAUUAUAGUGUUUAAAAAACCAAACCCGCCACAACUUUCUUCUCCAAACGACCAAGCAGAGUAACCUGGGAUCAGACUCUCAGAGACUAUUGUAUAUGGCGUUCCAUUGUUCCGUUAACCUACGAAUACGAUCAUCUGCUCUUCAACCUUCGUCUUUCAUCGGAAAUUCACCGAUCAAUUUGAGGUUUCCGUCUUGUCAACUGAGCAUUAAGGCUCGUCGUCGAAACUGCAGCGACAUUGGUGUGGCUCAGAUCUUCGCGGCUAGGUGGUCCAACAAUCCUGGCUCUGGUUUGGCCUCUGCCCCUGCGGCAUCCUCCCUCAAUGAGGAGGUUUUGGUGGAUGAAGAGGUUAAAGAGAUAGUAGAAUUGGAGGAGGAUUUGAAACUCUCCUUCUUGAAAUCAGAUGGGAGCUUAACUAUUCAUGCUGGUGAAAGAUUAGGUCGUGGUAUAGUGACGGAUGCGAUCACGACCCCUAUUGUCAACACAACUGGCUUUGUCUUCAAGAAAACUGCUGAUGUUCUUGACUUCAAGGUUACGGUUUAA